AGCCAACGCACACACACACAUACACGCACAAAGAUUUAACUGCUGCAAAUCGUGUCUCCUCGUAAUAAGUUCCUUUGUCUGAAGAACAUCCGGACUUUUCUGAAAGUCUGUCAUGACAAGUUUGGCCUGCGCAACAGCGAGCUGUUUGACCCCUUUGACCUCUUUGACGUCCGGGACUUCGGCAAGUUCCUUUGUCUGAAGAACAUCCGGACUUUUCUGAAAGUCUGUCAUGACAAGUUUGGCCUGCGCAACAGCGAGCUGUUUGACCCCUUUGACCUCUUUGACGUCCGGGACUUCGGCAAGGAUGUCCCAGGUGUUCUCCAUCCCCUCUGGGAAGGAGCUGCCCCGGACCCCCCCCAUGGGGCAGGUGAAGAAGGAGCUCGUCGUCACCAGUGACGAGUCCCCCCUGACCGGGACCACGAUGGCGACACCCCCACGGGAAUACCUCUGUGGGGCAGAGCUGGAUGAAUCUCCCUCGAGAAGAUUGCGCAUCAACUCAACGGUCUGCCCGGCAACGGUGUCGUCCAGAGAUCCAAUCUCAAUGAUCCGUGGCAUGGACGGAUACCAGCUGACCCAAGCAGACAAGGACUUCAUUGAACGCAAGAAUGAGGAGAGACUCCUCAAAACCCUGGAGGGGGAACAGGCAGAAUUGGACGAGGCCCUAAGAAGGGAGGCCAUGGCCCUCGGUCUGGCCCUCGCCCGCCAAGAGAAGGUCCUCGAAGAACUCAAAAAGUUCCCCCCGUGUGGGAAGAUGGUCACUCUGGCAAGGCUCUUCCUGGGCCAGGAGCUGCCGGACAGCGAGGUGGACCUUAUGAACAGCAGGACCCUGCUGACUCUAGUGAAGGAACCAGCCGUCCGGUCCGCCAUCUCCAAGCAGAAGAGCGCCCUCGUGAUUCUGGAGGACAGCAUUAGGAAGAAGGAAGAGAAGGCGAAGGAAGAUCAGGAGAAACGGAUUCAGGAAAAAAAGCAUGAAAUCAAAGGGUUGAUGAUUCAGAUGGCCGGCCUUCAGUCUGAACUCACCCAGGAGAAGGAGAAGUGUGCGACCAUCGAUGCAAUGGCCGCCGCCCCCCCGCCCGUCCAAAUCAAAAUGAAGCCCGCUGCCCCCCGGUCAGUGAAGAUCAAAAUUAAGGCUGUUGCCCCCCUGCCCGUCAAAAUGGAGGCCGCCGUCAAACAGGAAGCUGUCACCAGCCGGCCGCUUCGGAAAUCCUCAACAACGAGGGCGGCCGCAGCCAACCUCGCUCUCAAAACUUCGGCUUCCGUCACCAAGAUUCCGAAAAACGCUGCGGGCGGUGGAACCUGGAGGAAAACGCCAGGCUCCGCGGCCGUUGCGCUGUUGCCGGCGACGACAGCCGUCGUGUCCGAACUAUCGGGCAGUCUUCGGAGAUCGAAACGAAUUGCGAGUAAAAAGUAACUGUCUUUGGGUUUUGUCAAAAACUAUGUGACACUGUGAUGUUUUUGAUGUGAUGACGAAUUUUGUUGACGAACUUGUAAAUUAUUAAAUUAAAUGUAAUGCCUAACUCUACAUAUCAUACAAAUUUUCCUAAUAAAAAUAAGAUUU